AUGCCCCUUAUAUUCACCGUCCGUCAUGCGACGCAUCGCCGUCGACCGAGAUUGCCGGAUCAAGACAAGACGUCCAAAGACGAUUAUGCCCAGACCCAGACCAUUGAGCGAUCGUCGCUGCGUCAGACCAAGACCCUUCACACCCCCAACUUCCCCCUCAGCUCGCCUCCUUCGCAUCCGUCAUUCAGUCAGCCUAACCCCAACGUUGUCUCCAACCAAGGUGCCAGACUACCAGACUAUCGGGGCGUGAGGCGGUGCCUAAAGGCGGUGCUGGCGCCGCCGGUCGACCCACACGGCGUUGGCGUCUUCGCCCAUGGAAUGGGAGUAGCCUAA